UCUAACUGGAGCUGUGUGUUUUUGUCCGCUCCGCUGUCAAUACCACACUACUAGCCCAAAUAUUAAUGCAAUGCAAUGGGAAUAUAGCGAUCAUGGCUAAGAAUCUAAUUGUGUUAAUUAUUCUCGUCCUGGUUUGCAUAUUUGGAACUUAUGAUGCUUUGUGGUGUAACUGCACCACAGCCCAGUGUGAGAAGACUGGCUCCCAGUGUGAGACAGACGGGGCCUGCAUGGCCUCCACGUCCUUCAUCAAUGGGCUGGAGCAGCACAUCCGUAUCUGCAUCACCCGGGACAAGCUGGUACCCCCGGGCCAGCCCUUCUACUGCCUGAGCGCUGAGGGCCUCCUCUACACACACUGCUGCUACACUAACUACUGCAACAGCCUCGACCUCAAAGUAACCUCUGUGACGUCUCGGCCGGGCCUGGGGGGUGUUUUUGGCCCUGAUGGUAAAUGGGGUCCAGUGGAGCUGGUAGCAGUGGUCGCAGGGCCCGUCUGCCUGCUGUGUGUGCUGCUAAUCAUGGGUGUGUUCCUGUUCCAGUACCACCAGCAAGCCUACAGCCACAGGCAGAGGCUGGAGGUGGAGGACCCCUCCUGUGACCAUCUCUACAUGGCCAAGGACAAGACCCUGCAGGACCUCAUUUACGACAUGUCCACCUCUGGAUCAGGCUCCGGCCUCCCUCUGUUUGUCCAGCGAACAGUGGCCAGGACCAUCGUGCUGCAGGAGAUUAUAGGAAAAGGGCGUUUCGGGGAAGUGUGGCGCGGCCGCUGGAGAGGAGGAGACGUGGCGGUGAAGAUCUUUUCGUCCAGAGAGGAACGCUCCUGGUUCCGCGAGGCUGAGAUCUACCAGACCAUUAUGCUGCGCCACGAAAACAUCCUGGGAUUCAUCGCCGCCGACAACAAAGAUAAUGGCACAUGGACCCAGCUGUGGCUGGUGUCAGACUACCACGAGUAUGGCUCUCUGUUUGACUACCUGAACCGUUACUCCAUCACCAUCGAGGGAAUGAUCAAACUGGCACUGUCUGCUGCCAGCGGCCUGGCACACCUGCACAUGGAGAUCCUGGGCACACAGGGUAAGCCUGGUAUUGCCCACCGGGACCUCAAGUCUAAGAACAUCCUGGUGAAGAAAAACAGUACCUGUGCCAUUGCUGACCUGGGGCUGGCCGUGCGCCAUGAGUCCACCACCGACACCAUAGACAUCGCCCCCAACCAGAGAGUGGGCACAAAGAGGUACAUGGCCCCUGAGGUUCUGGAUGAGAGCAUCAACAUGAGGCAUUUUGAUUCGUUUAAGUGUGCAGACAUCUACGCUCUGGGCCUGGUUUACUGGGAGAUCGCACGCCGCUGCAACGCUGGAGGUAUCCAUGAGGAGUACCAGCUACCGUACUUUGACCUGGUGCCCUCUGACCCCUCCAUAGAGGAGAUGAGGAAGCUGGUGUGUGACCAGAAGCUACGGCCCAACGUGCCCAACUGGUGGCAGAGCUACGAGACCCUGCGUGUGAUGGGGAAGAUCAUGAGGGAGUGUUGGUACGCCAACGGAGCCGCCCGCCUCACCGCCCUGCGCAUCAAGAAGACCCUGUCCCAGCUGAGUGUCCAGGAGGACAUCAAAGUCUGAGAGGGCCCUAUCCCAAAGACCUGAGGAGAGCACUGGUGACUCUGUCCUGCACUAAAAAAAAUACUGAGAGAGAUAGAGGGACAGUGUCUUUUCAAAGGAAAAAAAAAAUUACAUGACUCUCCUGACAGUUUUUUUUAAAGCCACCACCGCCUGAGUUGUGACAAACCCUACCUCGUCUAUUCAGCCAAAACUACUGGCAACCCCUGUCCAUCCCUUGCCCCCAACCUAUCUCACCAUUCUGACCCACAAACCUGUUCCUGCAGCCCCCUUCUCUGUUCUGUUCCUACUAAAAUGACUGCAAUUACUGAUAUUACUACUGCUCCCGAUAAUGCCCAUGUUAAUCUCAAUGGCAGGAUAAACACUGAGUGUACAAAACCAUUAAGAACACCUUCCUAAUAUUGGGGUGGAACCCCCCCACCCCUUUCCCUAAGAACAGCCUCAAUUCAUGUUGACUCCAUUGCUUUCCACAGCUGUGUCAAGUUGGCUGGAUGUCCUUUGGGUGGUUGACCAGUAUUGAUACACACGGGAUAAACCAGCAGCGUUGCAGUUCUUGACACACUCAAACCGGUGCACCUGGCACCUACUAUCAUACCCCAUUCAAAGGCACUUAAAUCCUUUGUCUUGCCCUUUCACCCGUUGAAUGGCACACAUACACAAUCCAUGGCUCAAGGCUUAAACAUCCGUCUUUAACCUGUCUCCUCCCCUUCAUCUACACUAAUUGAAGUGACAUCAAUAAGGGAUCAUAUCUUUCACCUGGAUUCAGCUGGUCAGUCUGUCGUGGAAAGACAAUGUUUUGUACACUCAGUGUACACUCUGUAUAAAACUGUAGUUAGAGGAUGUGUGUAAUUUAAUUUGAUACAAUAUUUUUUAUUCGAUUCACAAGUACCUAUACAUUUGUAUUUGUUUGCCUUUAUAUUGUAUUGAUGCUAUGUUGAAUCACUGAUGGCAGAGGUCUGUUUUUCAAUUGUUUUCUUUUGUCAGGGAGUGUGUGUGUGUAUAGGGGGAAGAUGAGGUCCGUCUUUGAAUACUGUAUACUGAUCUCUCCGUUGUAUGUACAUACACACUGAGAAAUUGAUUUUAAAAUCCAUGAAGACCAAGUCUUCCUUAUUUAUGUGGGCAUGUUAUGUAUCAUUUAUGGUAGCAGUGGUCUGUGAGUCACAGAGAUCAGGUUACCAGAACAUAGGUUUACAGCAACCAAUGUUUUGUAACUCCUAUUGCCUACUUAGAGGCAGGAAUGGUCCAUACAAACACCCGGCUCUAUGGUAUAUCAUGACGACGGACUGUAUAGCCAUUUUGUGUGUAUGUGUGCACGCGCGCACACACAGACGCUCUAAUGACGGGUUGCUGUUAUGAAUUCGAUUUUAUUUUGAGUUUCAUUUGACAACAGUUUAACACUGGUAACUGUUCUUGCAUGGGAGACAACGGGAGGGGCUUAUUUGUGCUGUCAAUCAUCCACUGACAAACCAAUGGAAUAUCUCCAAAGCAAAACUACUGUACACUGUCAUUGAAAGCGCAUACUGAGUCCCUCCAAUUUGAUGUCUCACAUUACUAUAGAACAGUAUUUGAGUCAAUAGUCCGUAUUCUUCAAUUCUACUCAACCUAUUUUACAUCCUUGAUAUGCAAAUUGUAAAUAGUUUGUAUAAUUUACCUCAUGUCAAAUCAUAUUACCAAAUGUUAUUUUCAGGAAAACUAUGUACUGUUAAAAUUGUAGCUUUUUGUUUUGUUGACCACUUACUCAAAAGGUACUGCGGACUUAGUCUCUUUCCUUGUGUUCUUAAUCCUGCCAGUUUGCUGUGAGUUCCUAGAAAAUGCUCUGCAGGGCCCAUGUGUGCACUACUAACUCCACAGCAUCGCAACUAAACCGUUCAAGUUCAACACCCCUCACUGUUUUACUGCAGAUUAUACCAGUGAAUGCAGUGUGUUUAAUAUGUUCAGUAAGCAUUUUAAUCACAGUUCCUCAGUGAUAGGUAAAUACCUCUCCCAGAUUUCACAUUUUCAGAAAGCUAAGUAGAGUGAGGAUUCAUCAGACCCUCUGUAAAGGGUGCUUAUUCAGUAUGGCUAUAGCACAUACAGGCAGGGGUUGAACCUUUGAAAAAUGAAAUACUACUGAUACUUAUGACUGCUGUUCCACAGGAAAUACUGUAUGUAUGCCCUGUAUGUAUUUAUGCGUUAGUUAAUGACCAUGUCAUGCUGACCUGUACUGUAUUUUUUAAAAUAUAGUUCUUGGGAGAUGUUUAAGAACAUGUGUACAUGUUCUUCCUGAAAAUGUGGUUGUUUAUGGCUGUGAGUGGGAGGCAGGACCUGUGUGUUUGUCUGCAUACUGUUAGACAAUCUUACCACACAUCCGCCUAUCUUUGGUCAGGGAGUGAUCCUAUGCAAAUGUCAUAGGCCAUGGUUGGGAUGUGUCUAUGGCCUUGUUUUGAGCACACACUGUUAAGGGGUGGUAUGACAUGUUGUAUUGUUUAAUGUAGCACUGAAUUAUGAACACCCAGGUCUCUAUCCAGACAUCUGGACUAAAACCAUUAACCUUCUCAGGACUAGUUUCCAAUCAUGCAUAUAGCCUAGAGUAAUAAUACAACCGUUUUCCUAAGUUUUGUGUUUAUUUUACUCACAUACCAGUGUGUACAUCUAAUGCAAAAACUAUUUCCAUUAGUGCCUUUUGAUGUGUCCUCCAAUGCAACCUUUCUACCCCUCAUUCAAAUCAGAACAAAGGUCUAGCCCCUGAUCCAUGGUCAUCCCAUUGCCCUAAGUUAUUGUAUCACAUCCUGCUCUUCCCACAACCGCCAGCUGACCUACAACCUUACUGCUCCACCAAAACACAUUAAAAAGUACAUUUUUUAAAAACUUUAACUAGGCAAGUCAGUUAAGAACAAAUUCUUAUUUUCAAUGAUGGCCUAGUGGGUUAACUGCCUGUUCAGGGGCAGAACGACAGAUUUGGGGUUUGAACUUGCAACCUUCCAGUUACUAGUCCAACGCUCUAACCACUAGGCUACCCUGCCGCCCCAAAACGAAUUACAGGAAACUGCAGAAAAUCAAUAUUUAUUGCUCAUGCAUUAAAUUACAGUUCACUUGAGGAAGGGAAAAAAAUCAUUUAAAUACGUGUACACAUCUUAUUCAUACCUUAAAACCAGUGAGCAAAAGUCAAUUUUGAAAUGUUGAACAUGUACUGAUUCAAUGGCCCAAGAAACUCCCUUUCAUACAUGGUUUGCCCUCUGGGAACGUGAAAAGGAAAGUACAGGUAGUAAUGAAAGGCUCAAAUGGAAUCCUAUAAGGUAAUGGAAUAAA